GUAGGGGAGUAAUAAUGUCAAACAAACCAGCAGCAAGAUAAUCCAUUCGGACUGUGCGCCAGGUUUAACAGACUCUCUUUUUGUUUCCGAGCAACUUCGGACAACUCGAUGGGAACCGCUGACUGCUCGGAGCUGCGCGACAAGUUGCUGUUGGAGGGGUUUAAAAAGAAGGCUCACUAUUUUUAAAUGGGUACAGAGAAAUUUCGGGGGGCGUGGACGCGAGAGGAGCAGAAGCAGAAGCAGCAGCAGAGCAGCAUGUUGGCUCUUGGCUCCAGUUCCAGUGUGGUGAUGUGCCGCCUGGAAGAAGAAGAAGUGGUCUGCGCGUAGACGGAGCGGUUGGACGCGGAGCCCUGUGAUUGUCAGGCGUCGGCUGCGGACUUUCUGUCAUUUUGAAGAUCUUUUGGUAUUAUUUGAAUUUCGCUUGCUGCCGUUUUGGCGACAGAAAAGGACUUAAGGGGAAGGAGCAAGAGCUGUUAAAGGCUGCCCCGGCGUAAGGAAUGAAAUCUGGCCACGCUACUGCUUCAAUGACAAUUUCUUUUUUUUUUUUAAAUAUAUUUGUUUAAUGGAAACGUAAUUAUUGGUUAAGUGGCUGCACAUAGUAAGUCACCGUGGGCUGGUAAAAUCGAUGAUCAAGUAACGUGGCUUGAAAGCUGCCCUCAAGUAAUCCCCAAGGGUUCUUCAUUUGUAGUUUAAAUACUGACAGGUGUUUGUCAUUCAGACUGUGUCAGAAAAAGUGUUUUAUUCAGUCGUUUUUUUCAGGAUUUCAUCCACAUCAGACUUGGUUAUGGUAACCAGACCUUUGGAAUGGCUCGUGCACAAUUAUUUUGAUCCAGUUAUUUGCGCCUCUCACGCUCAAAGGAAACGCGCGUUAUAUUUGACCACCUUACAAUGCGUUUGAAACGCGGAAUGGGAAAGCAACGAUCACUUUAGCGUCUUCUAGCUCUUGAGUUGUAGCCAAUUUGGCAACAGGCAAAAUGACAAGCAACGGACCUGUCAUCGUCUACGAGUGGUUGAAGACCCUCCAGCUUUCCCAGUAUGUCGAGUCCUUUGUGGAUAAUGGAUAUGACGACCUCGAGGUUUGCAAACAAAUAGGAGACCCCGACCUGGAUGCCAUCGGCGUCUAUAUCCCUCAUCACAGGCAGAGGAUUCACGAUGCUGUGCGGAGGCUGAAGGAGGAAGCCAAAGAGACAGCCAGUGGACUGUAUUUCACCCUUGAACCCAUGCCACCCGCGGCCGAAAUUUAUAGCGGGCACCUGGUGGAGUGCGAGUCUAAACUGCGAGGAUCCAAGUCUUGGACCGAGCCCAUCAGUGACCGGGUUGGGCGAAACGGCGGGUACAUCGGGGCGCAGAGGAACCUGACCCUGGGCAACAGGAGGGAGCUGAUGAUUUACCCCAAGCUCAAGCUGAAGAUCAUGAUCAGGGAUAAACUCAUCAGAGAUGGCAUCAACCUCGCCAAGCCGCCGUACUCUAAUAAGGAUGGUUCUCUGGGCAACAUAGAUGACCUUGCACAGGAAUACUCUGAGUACUACAACACCUGCUUUAGUGACGUCAACGACCGCAUGGAGGAGCUACGCAAACGACGAGUCUCCCAGGAACUCGACAUGGAGAAACAAGACCCAAGCAGCACCUCUCUGCAGCUCCGUAAUGAGAUCCAGGAAUCUUUAGGCUUCAGCAGCGAGGUGUCCACUCCUGAAACGGACAGAAAAAUGUCUCUACACAAGUCCAGCUCUGAAGAUGGAUCUGGAGGUAAAUGGGACAGUAAGAAGAAGAACAAAUCUUUUUGGCAGAACUUCCGCAAAUCUCAGCACAAACCCGUUGUACGACAGACGUCCAAAGGAGAAGAUAUUGGCUACGUGGCCAGCGAGAUCACCAUGAGCGAUGAGGAACGGAUCCAGCUGAUGAUGAUGGUGAAAGAGAAGAUGAUCACCGUAGAAGAAGCUCUGGCUCGGCUGAAGGAGUAUGAGCGCAGCAGACAGUCCAGCAGUACUGACACUGCAGAGUGGGCUGACGGAUCUGCACCCAAUCUAAACCAGUCCUCAAACUGCAACUCUCGUGAACAGUCAGAUGAUGAGCAAUCAGAGGACUCUGUGAAAUUCAAAAGGCUUCACAAAUUGGUUAACUCGACACGCCGGGUCAGGAAAAAACUCAUCAAGGUGGAGGAGGGCAAGAAACAUGCCUCCGAAGAUUUUCUGAAUCUGGAGACACCUCCCACCUGUGAGGACAACACCGCUCUGUACACUGGGGUUCUAAAGAAGCCCCCUUUACACCAGGAGGCGUCUCUGCCCUCACUCACCCAUGACCAGCUUUCUCUGGAUGGAGACACAGAUGGCCUGACGACCUCCCCUUCCUCCAGCAGUUUGGACACCUGGUCUGGACACAAGCUGGUGAAAACGUUCAAUAAGUCUUCUAGUACCCACGGUCUUAUCCGGCCCCCCAGGAGGACCCCAGCGGGCUCCAGUGCCCUGGGAGGCUCUAUUCCUGGUGUGACAGGUAGUGGCUCCUCCUUCUCAGAGCUCGAUGGCUGUGGAUUGGACGAUGAUGGAAAGCUGUCACGCUCCACAACUGAUGGCGAGAUGAGGAAGGCCCUGAACUCCAUCUCCCAUGGGGUAAGUAGCAACGAGGCCCUGUAUGCUUUCUAUGGCCUGACUAAACCUCGCCCCAAACCCCAUUCCCAGUCCCGCCUUCUGAUCUCCCUGGAUGACGGUCCGCAAGGCAGCCCCAAACAUCAACCUGCCAGCCGGCACCACGGCAGCUGGACGCACCGGAAACCUGAUCCCAACUAUGCAUACUCCACCAAGCACCUCCUGUACCAGCGCUCGCGCAAUGCUAAGUCCCCCAUUUCUCCACUGUCAGUCACCCCAUCCUCCCCCGUCCGCUGUGAUGUAUCCAAAUCAAAGGUUUUUGGAAGUGGGGGAGGGGGCUGGGUGUUCCCCUCUCGCAGGCUGCGUGGGCGAACAGCAGUCAGUGAGCUCAACAUCACCUAUGUGGUAGAGCGGAGCCUGUACGGUCACCUCAACUGGGCACAGCUGGUCCGCCCGGUUACACUCAGCCGCGCUGAGCGGCGCUGUCUAUUGGAGGAGGACCGUGAGGCGGACAGGAAGUGGGCGGCCAGCGUGGACCGCUGCACCAAGCGUGUGCUCUUGCGCAUCCAGCAGAAGUCUAGAACAUGCAGCUUUGGAGGCUUUGACCUGUCCAACCGUUCCCUCCAUGUGGUCAACGCAGGCAACGAGGCCAAUAGUAAAGAGCAGGAGGCAAUAUACAGAGAAGUGGUCAAAUCCCCCACUACGUCUCGGAUUUCACUGGGCAAGAAAGUCAAGUCGGUGAAAGAGACGAUGAGGAAGCGCAUGUCGAAGAAGUACAGCAGCUCUCCUUCUGAGCAGUCCAGUCCAGAUGCAGCCCCUGGUUCUCCACAAUCCCCUCUGCCUGACACCGACUCUCUCGAGAAACCGAAGCUUAAGGCCGGAGGCUCUGUGGAAAGCCUGCGCAGUUCACUCAGCGGACAGAGUUCAAUGAGUGGUCAGACGGUGAGCACCACCGACUCAUCAACCAGUAACAGAGAAAGCGUGAAGUCGGAGGACGGCGAUGACGAGGAGCCUCCUUAUAGAGGACCAUUCUGUGGCCGUGCCAGAGUCCAUACAGACUUCACUCCUAGCCCUUAUGAUACGGACUCCCUCAAACUGAAGCGUGGGGAUGUGAUUGACAUCAUCAGCAAGCCUCCAAUGGGAACGUGGAUGGGCCUGCUGAACAACAAAGUAGGCACCUUCAAGUUCAUCUAUGUGGAUGUGCUGAGUGAAGAAGAGGAGAAGCCCAAAAGGCCAGUUCGGAGGAGGAGGAAGGGCCGGCCACCCAAACCCACUUCAGUGGAAGAGCUACUGGAUCGUAUCGAUCUCAAGGAUUACAUGCCCACUUUCUUGUUCAAUGGCUACGAGGACCUGGACACGUUCAAGUUGCUGGAAGAAGAGGACUUGGAUGAACUGAACAUCAGCGAUCCUCAGCACAGAGCUGUACUGCUCACUGCAGUGGAGCUGCUGCAGGAGUAUGACAGUAGCAGCGAUCCAGAGCGCAGUGGAAUGUCAGGUUCCCAGGAAAAGCUGCUGCUGGAGGGUCGGAGCAUAGUGGGAGACUCCCCACGGGAUUCUGGGUGCUACGAGAGCAAUGAGAACCUGGAGAAUGGUAAAAGCAGGAAAGCAACCAGUCAUUUUUCAGCAGGACACCAGUCUCCAGAUUACCCAACACUGCCCAUGACUCUUUCUACAGAGGCUCUUCAGCAGAACAGCAAAAAUCAGCGCACAAAGUUUCCAAAAAGUUUCUUCAUCAAGCCCUCCCUUAAGGGCUUCAACCUGCUCGGGCUGCGAAAAGCCCAAAGACGGUCUCCAAUCCCAGCCAGCCGCAGCUGCGAGGACCUUGAUGGUCCCCCGCAGCCCACCGGACCCUGGAAGCGCUCCCACUCUCUGGGAGAUCUGCAGAACUUUGAGCAGAAGAACGAUCUCAGUGUGGAGCUUAAGCUUAGUAAGGAAAUACCCAAAUCAGGCAAAACUAGCCCCAUCAAGCCCUGUAGAGACGCCGUUUCUCCAGCUCAAAAUGGGACUCCAACAGUUAGUCCUAAAGGAAGGGCUGAUAGGCCGCCAGUACCCUCACAGCUUCGCCUACGCUCUUCUUGUCCAACAUCAAUGUCCUCCAACCCUCCAGAGCCCCUUUCCAGCCCCACUCCAAGUCCUCCUGAUUCUAGUGCUAGUGGGGAGAGGGUGAUGCGGACUCACCCCAAAAAGCCUCCCAUCCCUCCCCCUGUACCUGCAAAGAAAUCUAGAGAGAGACUAGCCAAUGGCCUUCGUCACCCCCCUCUCUCCCUUCCCUCCUCGCCAUCCCCUACCGCCUCGCCUACCCACUCCCUCAAUCGCUCUCAACCCAGCAGCCCUAUAAUCCGCAGCCCUGGCCUGAGUGCCCCUGCUCUGCCUCCCAAGACCCCAAGUACUCCAGCCAGUCCAUGUGCCACCUCAUCAGCCUCAUCCAUGGGCGAGGAAUCUGGCACUCCCCCAGCGGUGCAGCCUCCCUGGCUCUUGGAUCUUGGAGGCAAGAUGGCUGUUACGAGGAAACUUUCCCAUACCAAGAUAGGUCCUGAUCUUUUUACCCUCCUGGAGCAACGGCUGCAGAGUGAGGGCAUUGAUCUUACCGAGGAGCCCUACUCUGACAAGCACGGCCGAUGCGGCAUCCCCCACCCGCUGGUACAGCGUUACUCUGAGGAUCUGGAGCAGCCAGUCAAAGACGUGGCGUCUACCAUAGACCAGCUCAGAGUCAAAGAGCUCCGUAAACAACACCGCAUGGCUAUCCCCUCUGGAGGUUUGACGGAGAUGUGCCGAAAGCCUCCCACCUUAGGAAACAUCAGCACAGUCUCCGAUUGGCUCAUCUCCAUCGGCCUACCCAUGUACUCCACAACUCUGGCAACAGCAGGGAUCGACACGCUGAGCCGCGUGGCCUUGUUAACCGAGAGCAGUGCGUGGGAAGCUGGGGUGCGGGACGAACGUCACGUCCGCCGCCUGAUCUGUGAGGCGCGAUCGGUCCACGCACACAGAGAGGUUCAGUCGUAAUCAUGCUGGUGGAGUCGAGUCGCAUCAACUCACUGAUCCGCACCAUCUCGUGGUCAGUAGGUGGCCUUGGGUAAAUUGGCCCCCACGGCACUACAGCGUUUCUUCUCGCACAUGUUAAAGACAUAUCCUGCUCUCUGAUUUUUUUUUUUCCUCUCUCUUUUAUCACGCUGUCUUUUUUCCAAAUGUUUACGACAUCGAGGAUUUCCUCCAAACAGCCAAGACAAGAUAUCAGAUGCCUUUAAAAGAAAAGAAAAAAGACAAAAAAGACUGUAGACUCACUGUGUGGGAUGACUUCCAUUCUGAAGACGUCUCCCAAAGUCUUAAAAUAAAGACUUGGAUCUGCCUUUAAGGAAGAUAGCACACAGUUUGUUUUUUUUUUAAGGAUGGAUUUUUUUUUAAAAAAGAAAACCAAGAAAGACUAUUUUCUGCAUAUUUCAUAAGUGCUUCAUUUUCAUCUGUCGUGUGGCAGAGGCAACUUAAUCUGAGGGUCAUUUAAGGAAGUAGCUCAGCCAAAGCGACAUAAUUCGAUGUUUGCUUCCCACUAAUAGUUUCACGAUGACGCGACACAUUUAAUAUCUGGACUGUUAAUCGACUAAAUACACACACCAAACAAUGGCUUCGAGGUGGCUUAUUUUGUGUCAUGCUUAUAUAUUGUAGCAUAGUGCACAUCUUAAUUUCAAAAUGACUCGUGUUAAAAUUUGUGUUUUGCAUUUUGAUCGUUGCGGGCUUACUUCGAGCCCACCCUGUCAUUUUAUAGUUCUGUAUUUUAUACUUUACCCUUUCACAACAAUAUCCUGGAUGGGCACUUUGCUCGUAUAUAACGUCUUAAAGAAAGCUCUGUUUUGCUGUAGAAUUUACAAUCACCUCUCGCUGAAAUAAUACAUUCCCUGGUGUGUCAACGGACCUUUUAAGUUGCCUUACCAUUAUGAUUGAGGAGCUACAAAGACUGAGACUGAACUGUGGCAUAUAUCCUAUACUAUACAUAUUAUACAUGCAUUCUCAACUAGAUCAUUUCACUGAUAUACAUGGAUGUGGAGCCCAGAACAUGUUUCUAAGUGAUUGAAGUGUUCAUUCCAGUGAAGCCAGGCUAAUACCACAACACCACAGGCUUGCCACAGGCAUGGCCAUUGCAUGCUGAACAUCUCUGGACCAUAUCAAAACACACUGACUGUACGUGUUGCAGAGGGGUUAUGGAACCGGGAAGCACGAAGACACAGCUGACGUCUGGGCUGUCAGGUCCCGAAUUUACUGGACUGUCGACAAUGGCUGCAGCGUUGAGGAAUUUAAAUCAUAGCGGAACAAUAAGCUGUGUGGGAUGUAUUUUCUUUUCUUCAAAUCAAUGCUAGUAUGAGUUGUCAAGCAGUUAAAAGGAAUGGUCGAUGCAAGCUGUCACAUCAGGUGAAAAGCUGACCUCCAUGUUCAGAAAAACAAGUUUUAAAAUUCAGGGAAAUGCUGAGCGAGGUCGGCCUGAGGGGGGGAGGAGUGAAUCUUGGAAUCAAAACACAACUGAAACUAUCCAGAAUCUCAUUAGUCUUUCGUUUGCACACGCUAAAUGAAACUGAACAAAUAAAUAUUAUUUCUCUCCCUCCCUCUUUGUUUCUAACAGUUAUAACUUUUGUAGCCAGAAUCAAGCUGAUAGCUUAAUUCAUUUCAUUAAUCAAAAUUCUGAACAACAGUUACUCCAAAAUUUAGAGGCUAUGUUUUGCAGUGGGCACUUGGCAGGCAGAUGGAUCGAUGGAUACACGAUGCCUUUUUUCCCUCUCAAUCAAAGUGGUGCUCUGGGCUAAGUGAGGAGAGGGGGUCGUUAGUAGAAGACCCGAAAAGUGUUUUGUAAAGAUUGAAAAUACUGACACUGUAAAUGCACUUUAGAUGGUAAAUCUAACUGUUUUAUAGGCAAAAAUUGGCUACAUUUUGUUCACAGGUCCAUUAAUGGACACCUUUGUCAGGUAAUGUAAAGAGUUUCAAAGGGGUUAUGCUGGUAUUUUAAUGUAGUAUUGAGUUCCCAAUGCCAAGUUUAAUUCAACUGAGUUCCAGUUACUCACUUCCAGUUUGUUUUGCAACCUAAAUUCUUAAUUACAUAUAUGAAAUGCUUAGCAGAAGUUGCACAUUCUGUAUAUGUAAUUGAUAUUUAAAUAACUUAUUUUUUGCUUCUUUUUUUUCAUGUCAUCUUGUAAUUAGCUGUAUUAUAUGAAUAGCAAUACCUUCCUGCGUAAUGCAUAUUGCUUUAGCCAGUAAGGAGCGACAGUAUGUAUUGUAAAAUAUGUGUACAAAUAAUUUUAUUUGGUUUUCAUCUACCUAAUGAUUGUCCAUACAGAUUUGCCUGUGUAUUGAAACAACAAAAGCAAUGUCCAUAACUAUUUGUCAUUCUGAAAUAUAAUAAACUGUUUCUUGCAA